CCAUCUUGGAGCCUGGUGAGGGAUCUUCACCAAGAGAGGACAAAUAAAUUAUACCAGGUAGCCAGCUACCUAAUCACGGGAGAGGAUACUCUUUGACUGACCCUUUUGAGAGCGCUAAUUCUUCGGUGCAAUUCAGACAAUGGUGCAGUCUUGUUCCGCGUACGGAUGUAAAAACAGAUACCAUAAAGAUAAGAAUAUUUCGUUUCACAAAUUCCCUCUUGCGAGACCUGAUGUGUGUGGAAAAUGGGUAGCUGCGAUGAAGAGAAGCAACUUCAAACCCACGAAAUACAGCAACAUCUGCUCCCAGCACUUUACCAAAGACUGCUUCAAACGGGAGUGCAACAACCGGGUCCUUAAGGAGAACGCAGUGCCUUCUCUUUUCACUUUCAAUAAGUUACAGAUGAAGCCGGAGAUGGACUUCCCUCUGAACCGACCCAACCCAGAUGCGCAGGAGGCUGAGGUUCUCCAACCGCCGGACCUCGCUCCUACCUCAACCCCCCUUCCUGUUUCUGCCCUUUCUCCGGCCACUGCCCCAGGGGAGGAGAACCUGGAGCACCAGCCCAGUGCGUUUGUCCCCUGCGACCACAACUACACGGCGGAAGACACGGUGCAGCAGAAGAAGCGCAUCGAGCAGUUGGAGGAGCAGCUGGAGAAGUUGCGUAAGAAGCUGAAGACGGUGCGGCAGAAGUGCAGGCGGCAGGAGCGGCAGCUGGAGCGCCUCCGUGCCGCCGGGGAGAUGCCCAGGGCUGGCAAGGGCUUGGCACUCGGAGAGAGCUACGUCAUCCUGCCCAAAGAACUCUUCAACGUCCUCAAAAUCGACACCAUCGAUGGAUUGUGAUUGAACGAGGGGGUGGACACCGCACAAAAAAGACUGUACUGAAGAGCUUUUGGUUUUUUUUAGUUGUUUGUUUGUUUGUUUUUUUGUUUGUUUUUUUUGUUUUUUUGUUUUUCCCCCUUUGAUAAAUGGUGUUGGGAUUGGGUUCACUUUGGAUGCAUGGAGUACAUGUCCAAGAUCGGGUGGGUGUAAGAACUGUCAUUCAUUGCACAAUAAUAUAUUCUUAACAUCUUGAGCUCAGUUUUGAUUGGGUCGUAGUGGUGGUUCUUUAGUUUGUGCAAAACUUGUUGCUGCAAUUGGGGUGCAUUUUUCUUUGCUCAGAAGCAAUUUAGCAUCACCAGCUACAUAACAGGAAUUACUUUACAAAUCUACUGUACUGAUUUGAUUUUUUUUUUUUUUUUUCCCCUCUGAAAGUCCCCAAUCCUUUGCAGAUUAGGUCAGAUCUCUAGCACUGGUCAUAAUUACUAGCAUGUGCUGAAUGACUUAUUGGUGUGUGAUGAGCAGGUUUUCUUUAUCCAAUUGCUGUUAGUUUUUUGGGGGGGGGAACUAAAAUACUUGAACAACAGAUAUAAAUAUUUCUUCUGUGGCAUUCAUUUUCCAGUGAGCUGGAAAAGAGUUGUGAUUUGUAUUCCAAAAUUGUGAGUGCCGAUUUAAACAAAUGUGAAGUUGUUUGUGAAUUUCCUUUGUUAAUAUAUUCUUUAAUUACGGACUGAAAUUAUCAACUGACCAGAGGAUUUACUCCAUGUUAGACUUGACUCAAGUGGCCUGACAGCACUUUUCAUCUAAAAUGAACAUCAAAUCAUGAAUGUUAAUUUCCCUUACAUGGCUGUUCCAACAACGGACAGAUCACGGACCGUUGACGAACGUUUCAGGAACGCCGCCAUUAGUUGACCAAACUGGAGUAGCGGACACAACAAGCUGAUGUGGAUUUGACAACAUAUUCCUCAUCAAAGGGCUUCUCAUGUGAUUUAUGUAUUAUCUGUUCUUAGCUUAUUUAUUGUUCCCUAAACAAUAAUAAUUAAAUCAAUGGAAGCCAUAUGUUCAGAAGAAAACCUGUACUGGAUCUUUGGCAAGAUUGAGUUGUUGGCUGAAUCAAAGCUGCCUUACUAUUGCAGUUCACUCAGA